AUGGCUGGAUCUGGGAGUGCUGAAGUGAGGACCCCGAUCUUCUCCGGUGAGAACUACGAGUUCUGGAGAAUCAAAAUGGUUACCAUUUUCAAGUCAUAUGGACUGUGGAACCUGGUGGAAAAAGCGAUUCCAGUUUCUGAUUCGAAGAAGAAGAAAGCUAAGACUGAUGAAGAUACAGAUGUUGAUGCUGACGAUGAUGAGAAAAUAGCUGCAAUCUUCAUGAAAGAUGCAAAAGCUCUCGGAAUCAUUCAAAAGGCAGUCUCUGACCAGAUUUUCCCUCGAAUCACAAACGCAGACUCAGCAAAAAUGGCAUGGGAUCUGUUAUAUGGCGAAUAUCACGGUGGGGAUCAGGUAAGAUCUGUGAAACUCCAGAAUCUUAGAAGAGAAUUCGAAUACACUAGAAUGCGUGAUGAUGAAUCCUUGACUGGGUAUCUUACUCGGUUAAAUGAUCUGAUAAAUCAAAUGAAAACGUUUGGUGAGACUAUGUCAAAUGAGAGACUAGUACAGAAGGUAUUAAUCAGUCUCACUAAGAUAUAUGAUCCUAUAUGCUUAGUGAUAGAAAAUACCAAAUGUUUAGAAUCUGUUGAACUGCAAGAGGUAUUAGCUAUAUUGAAGAGUCAAGAGCAGAGGUUUGAUUUGCAUUCCUCAGAUGCAACUGAGAGAGCAUUUUCUUCUUUUACUGUUAGUUCAAAAGGGCAGAAUCGAAGUUAUGCUCAGUCUAGUACUUUUAAACCACAGAGAAAUUGGAAUCAAAAGGGCAAGAAAUGGGAGUCAAAACCAAAGUUUCAGCAAAAAUCAUACACAAAUGUUGCACAGAAUAGUACUUCCUCACAGGGUAUGGGUCAAGAGAGUGUAAAACCUCAAUGUAAGGUGUGUUCAAAGUUUCAUUAUGGUGAAUGUAGGUAUAAGGGGAAAUCCAAGUGCCAUAACUGUGAUAGAUUUGGUCAUUGGGCCAGAGAGUGUACUGUUGGAAAGUCUGUUCAAAAGGCAAACUGUGCAAGUCAAAUGGAAGUAACAGGGAACUUGUUUUAUGCAAAUUGUGCAGUUGCUGAGACUAAGGUUAAUGGAGAUUGGUACAUAGAUAGUGGCUGCAGUAAUCAUAUGACAGGAAAUGUUGAUCUUCUUGUUGAUGUGAAUACAAAUGUUGCAGGGAAAGUUCAAAUGCCAACAUGA